AUGUACGCUUUUCAACCUAAUAAUGUUUUGGCUUCUAGGAUGAAAUUGGAUCAGGAAGGUGGUCACGGCUCCACAAUGACCUCUAAUAUAGUGGAAUCUGCCAAUGCAGUCACAAAAGCAACGAAGAACUAUCCUAUAAUAGCGUUGUUGGAUUCAUUACGACAAACAAUACAAUCUUGGUUUUGUAAGAAUAGAAACACAGCAAAUGGCACAUUCACAAAGUUGUCCACCAAGUACGAGAAAAUAAUAAGAGAAAUGAGCACAUCUUUGAGGAAUAUGAGGAUUUCUCUAGCAAACCAAACAAUAUUUUCGGUCGCUAAUGCGGGAUCAUCAUUUGUCAUUGAUAUAGAGAAACGAACUUGCACAUGUCGGAUGCGUCAAGUUGAUCAGAUGUCAUGUCCACAUGCAUUGACUGUAAUAGCAACAACUAAACGGGAUACGUACAAUUAUUGUUCGUACUUCUACACCCGUGAAGCGUACAUGAAUACGUACCAAUACACAAUAUACCCAGUGGGAAAUCCAAAUGAGUGGAUUGUGCCACCGAAAGUUGAAGACAUAAUUGUCCUGACACUUAAUCAGAAAUAG